AGCAUUUAAAAUGUGAAUGUAAUUUUUAAGGGAAUGUGAAAACACUAUGAGUUCAGGUAGUUCAUCUGCUGAUGAUUAAACACUCAAUAAAACAACUAAAAAUAAAAAGGGAUCAAAAUAAAGAGAGAAUAAAAUUCCAAUAAAAAUGCCGUGACAAUGGAGAAAGAGCAUGGAGGACUGACUGACUAAUACCUCUCUCUCUCUCUCUCUCUCAGCAUGUUGUGGCCUGUGUGAUGGAAAUAUUUUCUCUUUAUAUAAGAACAAGAAGACAAACUGAAGACACACUGGAGGGAACAGAUUAGAGAGACAGAGGAGGAGACAUUUAAACAGACAGAUAUACAGAAAGAGAGAGAGAGAAACUAAAGACAGCUAAAGAGAGAGAAGAUGACAAUGUGAGACAGUAUCAUUCCUGAAACAGAGAUUUAAUCCUUGUGUUCCUAUGAGGAAACUUCACUGCUCCACAUCAGCAUCUCUAAUGACUGUGGAAAAUAUCACAAGCUCUUUCUCCCCUGACAAAACACCAUCAGACCCCACAGUCUCAUUUGCUAUUGGCGCCUUCAUCCUUGCCAUUGUCUUCCUCCUGGGCGUCCCAGGAAACCUCUUCAUCAUAUGGAGCAUCCUGGUGCGUUCUCGUAAGCGCUCAGUCACCACGCUGAUCAUCCUGAACCUGGUGUGUGCCGAUGGUGCCAUCAUGUGCCUCACCGUGUUCUUCAUUGUGUACCUGGCCAAGCAGUCGUGGGUGUUUGGACGCUCCAUGUGCAAGCUGCUCUUCUACUUGUGCAACACCAACAUGUAUGCCUCCAUCAUGCUCAUCACACUCAUGAGUGUGCACCGGCUGGUCACCGUGCUCGACCGUGCUUACGUCUUCACGCGGAGGAGAAACAUACUGAGCAUCCUCGCCAUGCUCUGGGUGCUCGUCUUUACGCUUGCCAUCCCUGCUCUGAUAUUCAGGGAUGAGAAAGAGGAGCACACCAAUCAAUUGCUGUGCUCAUACAAUCACACAAAUCCCAAAUAUGAGGUGUUUCACCUGAGCAUGGAGACAGUGGUGGGGUUCCUGCUCCCGUAUGGAAUCAUCGUCAGCAGUUACGUGUGUAUUCUCCGCGAUCUGCAACAGACACGAUUUAGGAGGCGAGUGCGUAGUGAGAAGCUCAUCCUAGCCAUCAUUGUCACCUUCGCUGCCUUCUGGCUGCCAUAUCAUAUCAUCAACAUUGUGCAGGUGGUGUCUGCAUGUGCACCAGAGCAUUCUAAACUACAAAAAAUGUUGGACAGCAUCUCAAGCUCAUGUCGAGCUGCCACCUCCUCCCUGGCCUUCAUUAGCAGCUGUGCUAACCCGGUACUGUACGCUCUAGCAGGGCGCCCCUACAUCCAUGCAGACGGACUGUCCUUCAUGGCCCGGCUGUUUGAGGGCACAGCGCUUGAGAUCGGCAAUGGAACACUCCGAAUUCACCGCAAAGUGAGCAGAGCAGGACCGGCAGUGCUCUCACUGAAGAACUGCGACUCUUGUGCAAACAAUGCAGACCAAAGCUAACAGACUGAUAUCUGAGUAUUACACAAAGAUGUCCUUUAUCAUACAUACAUAUACAUACUGUAUAUAUAUAUAUAUAUAUAUAUAUAUAUAUAUAUACACACAUACACACAGUCAGGUCUGGAAGUAUUUGGACAAUGACAGAGUUUUUGUGAUUUUGCCUUUAUACACCACCACAAUGGAUUUGAAAUAAAACAAUCAAGAUGUGAUCAAAGUGUAGACUUUCAGCUUUAUUUUAAGAGGUUCCACAAAAAUAUGGCAUUUACCGUUUAGGAAUUACAGCCUUUUUCAACAAAGUACCUCCAGGGGCUCAAAGGUAUUUGGACAAAGUGACAUAAUUGUAAAUAUAACCAUAAUUUUAAUACUUGGAUGAAAAUCCUUUGCCGUCAAUGACUGCCUGAAGUCUGGAGCCCAUGUUCUCAAAACUCAAAUUCUGAGUUUCCUCCCUGGAGAUGCUUUGCCAGGCCUUUAUUGCAGCCACCUUCAGUUGCUGCUUGUUUGUGAGUCUUUCUGCCUUCAGUCUUGUAUUCAGUAAGUGAAAAGCAUGCUCUAUUGGGUUGAGAUCAGGCGACUGACUUGGCCAUUGAAGAAUAUUCCAUUUCUUUGCCUUCAAAAAGUCUUGAGUUGCUUUCACAGUAUGUUUAGUGUCAUUAUCCACCUGCACUGUGAAGCGGUAUCCUAUCAGUUUUGUAGCAUUUGGCUGAAUGUGAGCAGAGAGUAUAGCCCUAUACACCUCAGAAUUCAUCUUGCUACUUCUGUCAGCAGUCACAUCAUCAAUAAAUACCAGUGAGCCCGUUCCAUUGGCAGCCAUACAUGCCCAUGCCAUAACACUUCCUCCACCAUGUUUGACCACAUGUUUGAUGUGGUAUACUUUGGAUCAUGAGCUGUUCCUUUCUUUCGCCAUACUUUUCUCUUCCCAUCAUUCUGGUACAAGUUAAUCUUGGUUUCAUCAGUCCAAAGAAUCUUAUUCCAUAACAUGGGAGGCUUUUUUAGAUGUUUUCUGGCAAAGCCUUUCCUGUUCUUGAAUGUUACCAGUGGUUUGCACCUUGUUGUAAACCCUCUGUAUUUACAUUAAUGAAGACGUCUCUUGAUUUUAUGAGCCUAAUGAUGGCCUCCUUCACUUGCAUUGAGAUCUCGUUGGACUUCGUAUUGGUAGUUCCAGUUGAACAGCUGCCAAAUGCCAACUCAAUACCUGAUAUCAACUCCAGACCUUUUAUCUGCUUCAUUUGUCUUGAAGUAACGAGGAAAUGGACCGCACCUGAUCAAUUAAAAAAAAUCACAAAAACUCUGUCAUUGUCCAAAUACUUCCGGACCUGACUGUAUAUAUACACACAC